AUGGAGCCUGAGCCGGCUUUGCUGAGGGUUUCCACCGACUUCCCCAACAUCAUCAGUCCAGUGAGAUCCAAGCUGGCCAGCAUCACGUCAGCUGACGUCCAGGAGAAUCUGUGGCGCGACGGAAACACUGACAGAAGCUUUGUGACUGGAUCAGACCACAAAUACAACGACGCUUUCUGGGUUUCGUCUGUGCCUGCAGGAACGACAACGGGACCGCUCCGGCAACACUCGAUGAGACUCAACUCAACUGCCGACUGCCAAGUUGCGACUCGUGAAGACUUUCCUUCGGACUGUGUCGGCUACUCAACCACUCUUGAAGGAUUCGGCGUCACCAUCAAGGUCUGCAUGCCUGAUGACUCCAAGAACCCCGAAGUUGAGCGAGCGCUGCUUCCCCCGCGUCGACGUCAAGACAUUGACGAAGUCGUGUUCAUCGAUGCGCAAAUCAGCCCUGAGGCAUCCCAGGCCUCCGAUUUCGUGUCAGACCCAGCGGAGAAUGUCACCCUGAAAUGCACGGCCAAAACAACCCGUGCAUUUUUCGAGCUUGGUAACUUCUACACCAACCUUAAUCAGUCAGGCAUUAUCGACGAGUGGCCCUCGGAUGAGGUGAUGAAGGCCCAGUACCACGAUUACGACUGGGCGGGCAACCUCAUCACCAGCGAGUCGGAUCAAGAGUGGGAUCGCGACGUAUUCGGGGGAUGGACUUCGUCUCAGGGCCCGCUGAGGACGACUGUAGAGGCCCUCUUCGGCGCCGAAUCGUACCCGCAAGCCGUACUCGCCUUCCUCAGCCAAACCUUUCCCGAUGGCCAAAUGCCCGGCAACCUCACUUUGACUGAUGACUCGGUCCGCGAUGCAACGAAGAAGGGUUGCGCCUUGCCCGCACCUCUUCAUGGCUGGCAAAUGCCUUACAACUCCAAAAACGACGAAUUCGACACAUGGUACCCUUCCAUCUAUAACGGAUGCACGCUGAAGAAGCUUCCCAAGUCGCUAUUCAGGAUCGCACAGGGUCUGCGUCACUUGACUGUGGCUCAAAGCACUCUUGGGGUCGGCAUGUACCUGUCCAAUGCUGCCGUCCUGCAGGAUGCAGCUUCGAACGAUGCGGCAAGAACGAUCUACAACCUCACUGGCACGGCUUUCGUUGCACCAAAAAACAGCCUCGGGGCGACAGUCAUGCUCAGCGCGCUCAUUGCCUUUCAGGCAAUCUGUCUCGCCCUGCUCGUCUGGUACAUCUGCACCCUGCCGACAUGGACAAACACACUCGAUUCGUUUGCGAUGUUCAGAGUAGGCUCGCAACUGAAGGACUCAGUCAACCUCCCUCCUAUGGGCCGUUUUGACAAGGACGAUAUGCACAAGUUUAACGAAAUCGAUGGCCUAGUCGGAGUCGUCCCGAGGCCGGGCAUCACGAUGGACGACGAUCUCGAGAUGGCGGCCAUUACAUCGUCCAACCGUCUGAUCCGAAGUGCAUCUUCGGCGCAGCAGUACGAGAUAAUCAGGCCCUCAUCGCCGGCCAGCUCAGUCAGUUUAGCCUCGUCCGCGGAUAUGCCGGCCGUGCCGCCGCAAGCUCGCCAGGUCCCCGACGGAACUUACCCGGGCUGCGUACCCGGGAUUCUCAUCCGUGGCGUCGUCUGUGAGGAGUGCGUCCCCGCCGCCGCCGUAUUUGCCGACGAACUCGUCAAACAGGGAGCAACGGACGAGUUUGCCGUAUGA